AUGGCUGCAAUGCUAGAGACCCCUUCACGAGUAUGGAGGCGUAUCGAGGCCAUUGAAGGGCAGGACAUGCCGUCUCUCCCAUCGCUCCCGGCUUUUGAAGACUCCGCUGACCAUGAGUCGGAAACCACUGAUACUUCCUACGACCAUCCUCAAGAUGUCCUUCCAAUACACUCGACGCCAGCUGCGUUUUCCUCUCACACCAUGUCCACCAUUCGUCCUCCAUCUAGCACAGCCAGCACAGCCAGAUUCGCGCAUUCCCUUGCUUCCCGUUCUAGCAAAUCUGUGCUAUCCGCGUCUCGCGACAAUAUCGUGAAGCAAGCCAAGGAGGAGAGCUUCGACGUGAGCUCUAUCCCAAGUCUGCCCGAUAUGCAUCAAUACAACCACGACCUUGACAUUCGGAGCAGCGAUCAAGACACAGAGCAUAGUUCCAGUCCUGGGGCUCAUUCACUACGAGGGUUUGACGGAAAUGUGGUGGAGGAUGUGGAAGGUGAUCUAGAUCUUUCCGAUGCAUUGCAAUCGGUGAGUCGCCCCCAUUCGCCUGCAAUGGAUGACAUCGCCACUCCAAGUAAAAAGUAUGACUACUCUGUGAGUCUGCGUUCGGAAAAGAAGACGGGUGUUGCAGCCAUCGCCCUUCGACAAAAUGAGGCACGUAUCAUUCAGACGGCCACUAUCGCGCACGCGUACGCCCUCUUUGACUCGAACAACACCCUCUCCGUCCUCUUCCUCUUCGCAUUCAACUCCCCAUAG